UACACCAUUUCAAUAUGAACUCCGAAGAAUUUCGAAAGUAUGGCAAAGAAAUGGUAGAUUUUGUUGCUGACUAUUGGGAGAAUAUACGAGAACGACAGCCUUUACCGAAUGUAAAACCUGGAUAUAUCAGCGCUCUAGUACCACAAAAGCCUCCGGCUAAAGCUGAGGAGUGGGAAUCAAUCUUUAAGGACUUGGAAGAGGUUGUCAUGAAAGGAAAUACAUACUGGCAACAUCCACACUUCUUCGCGUACUUUCCAACAGCAUGCAGCUACCCAGCGAUAAUGGCCGACAUUCUAAGCGGUGGAAUUGCUGGCAUAGGCUUCAGCUGGAAAUCUGGACCUGCGAUGACUGAACUCGAAAUGGCAACAUUGGAUUGGUUGGUGGAUAUCCUAGGUCUCCCGGAUCAUUUCAAAAAUUCGCAUCCUGGCCCAGGCACUGGCAUCAUCCAAAACACAGCGAGUGAUGCAACAAUGAUUGCUAUCAUGGCAGCAAGAGCAAGAGCGGUCGAAGCUCUAAAAAACGAAUCAAAUUCAUUCUUCUCUUGGAUGACUAGCACAGAACUAGGAAAGUCUGUGAAAUCCAUACUAUCGAAAGUACGACAGGAAACGAUUGAAGAGGAAGAAAAUGGCAUCAUAUAUCCUUAUUACCAUGACCCAGCAUUAUUCGAGAAAUUGAUUGCCUACUGUUCUGACCAGGCACAUUCAUCAGUUGAGAAAGGUGCGAUGCUUUGUGGAGUCAAACUACGAAAGCUAAAAAGCAGUGUGGAUCCUCAGUUGAAAAACUUCACCAUCACAAAGGAAACGCUCGAAGAAGCCAUCAAAGAAGACAGAGCUCUCGGUCUGAUACCGUUCAUUAUGAUUGCGACAUUGGGCACCACAAGCACAUGCAGUAUGGAUAGGCUGGACGAAUUGGGGCCAAUAUGUAAUCGCGAGCAGAUUUGGCUACAUGUCGAUGCCGCCUAUGCAGGAUCAUUCCUCAUAUGUCCUGAAUUCCGCUAUCUGUCAAAAGGAAUAGAAAUGGUUGACUCGUUCAAUUUCAACGCACAUAAAGCGAUGCUGGUAAACUUUGACUGUUCACCAAUGUGGCUUAAAGAUGGUACUACAGCGGCUAAAUAUUUCAACGUCGAUCCCGUAUAUCUCAAACACGAACAUCAAGCAGUGGCAUCCGACUAUAGACAUCUUCAAGUUGCAUUGGGUAGACGGUUUCGAGCCUUAAAAAUCUGGUUCGUCUUGAGAAAACUGGGAAUUGAGUUUAUACAAGAGACAUUAAGAAGACAAAACAACCAAGCGGUGCUGUUUGCAAAAUUAGUGGAGGAUGACGACGUUUUCGAACUGUUUGUACCACAACAUCUCGGAUUAGUCUGUUUCAGGAUCAAAAAUAGCCAAAAUCAGGAAAACGAGGUCUUAUGCGCAGCGAUCAACGACGACCAUCGUAUACACUUGGUUCCAUCAAAGGCACACAACACAUUUUUUCUACGCUUGGCUGUUUGCAGCCAACUCGCAACUGAAGAUGACAUACGUUAUGCUUACAAUGUAUGCAAGGAAGUUCGUAUAAGAUUACUAGAAAAUGCAUAA